CUUGUUGGAGUUAUACUUUAUCAAAAUAUUCUUAGGGAUCACUCUUUUCGCAGUGUUCUUUGUUCAAGUCAGUUGCUACUAAGCCUGUCAGGAAUGCUUGAUCUGAUUUUGGUACUUCGUCUAAAUCUAAAACUUGGGAUACCUGAUUACUACUUCGCUGUGAUCGACGAGGGGGUCGCCAAAAUGAUCAACCGCAUCAAGUGGAUGCCUCUUUUGGUGCUCAGCUCAAAGCUUUGCCCACCUGGCAUCGAGGGCACAUUCUUCGCGCUGCUCAUGUCCAUUGACAAUAUUGGCGUGCUGACAGCAUCUUGGAUCGGUGGGCUACUCCUUCAUUUGUUAAGGAUCACAAGGACAGAGUUCAAAAACCUCUGGGCCGCGAUCUUGAUCCGAAAUGUGAUGAGGCUACUACCGUUGGCACUGCUAUUCUUGGUGCCAAGAAGUGACCCGAAUUCUAACAUCCUUCCUGCUGAUCUGCUGGCUGAGUAUGACUGUGCUGAGGCUCGACGAAUAGAGAACGUCGAGCUAACCUCUCUUACCGUUGACAAGAAUCCGAGCGCCGAUGCCUCGCUCCAGGAAUGCAAAACCCAGGAGCAUCUUGAUAUAGGGCAAGAUGACGACGAGGCUUCGUUACUCGCCAACAGGAGCUGAUGGACCAUACACAUGUUUUUUUUCCCUCAUUACACAGACAUAUAGUUGAAAAGGAUCAUAAAAAUCACAUUGUGUUGUUUUUAGUUGUUCACAUGCUGUUGUAUUCAUUCAUUUUACAUUAGGUUAGCAAAUCAUCAAAUGCCAGAUAGUACUUUGAAAUUUGAUGCUCCCUCCUAUCCAUAUUACUUGUCGCCGCUUUAGUAAAACAUCAGUUUCUUCUUUUUAACUCUCA